GCUGUGUACGAAUGUUUUGAUUUUAUUUUUUUAUGCAAUCCGUUUGUUGUUUCGAUUUCUCUUUAUUUGGUAUAUAAUAAAAAUAAUCACUUUAUGUGCAUGGGCACCCAACAGAAGAAUAAUUUUAUGAUACGACCUAAUUAUAAUCAUGGGUAACACUGUUGUUCAUAGUUUUCUGAGGUCUGGUCUUCCUGUAAAACGAAAAUCGAACACGUUUGAUCAUGAAUUUCAAGAAUCAGAUGAAGAGGAUUAUACAUUAUCACCGAAAAGGCGAAAGGUGAUGAGCACAACCAGAUAUGUUUAUCAAACUCUUUUUGAAGAAGGACAAGGUAGUGAUGUUAGAAUAGUUGCCUUAAAUAGAACAUGGAACCUUCAUAGGCUAUAUUUAUCACAAUCUCCUUAUUUCAACAGUAUGUUCAAUGGACUCUGGAUUGAAAGAACGCAAGAAGAAAUUAAAAUUGGAAUUGAAGAUGAAAACAUAACAACUGAUGCCCUGCACAAAGUUUUUGGUUCAUUAUAUCAGGAUGAGAUUCAGAUCAUGCCAUUAGAAGCGGUCUCUAUUUUAGCGUGUGCAACUCUCCUUCAGUUGGAAGAUUUAAUUCACCAGAGUGUUGAAGUAAUGAAAGAAAGCAUAAAUAUAGAAACAGUACUUUUAUAUUAUGAAGCAUCUGAAUUAUAUGGUUUAGAAGAAGUUAAGAACAGCACUUUAGAUUGGUUGAACCGGAAUAUGUUAUUUUGUAUUAAUUCUUCACCUGAUCAUUUACGUCAAGUGAGCUGUGAUUUGAUGUCUGAGUUAAUUUCAUCUCCUAAGCUUGUUGUUGUUCAAACAGAAUUUUCCUUGUAUCUUUUAUUAAAAAGUUGGGUUUUCUUGAAAGAAAAUUUUUCCUUUAGAAAUUAUGAAACAAUUAGUGCUGCCGCUGAUCAGUAUUUCCAGUCCAAUAAAGGCAGUACAUCUUUUUUAUUAACUGAUACAGGAACCCCUUACUUGAAAGCUUUCCGUGCCUUACGUCUGCAGCAUCUUGUUAUACAUCAUGUUGAUAUGGAACUCAUUGAAUAUGAUAAUAUUAUCCCUGUUGAUUGGUUUAUGCCUAUAUUCAAAACUCAAUGGUACCAUAUGUUAAGAGUUGAUCAAGGAGUUGAUAAAGGGCCCAAACAAGUUAGUGAAGAAGAUUUCAACCGUGAUUGUGUGAGGUGUGGAAGAGUUUUGCAGACUGACACACAGCAUAGUUGGAGAUGGACAGGGUUCAAUUUCGGUUUUGAUAUAGUUAUAUCAUACAAAAAUGGGUGCUUUAAACUACGUCGUUUCCAAUCUGGCGAAAGCGAGUCUCCUGCUUUCCAAAGUCAAUCACAGAUCGUUGCCUUACGAGCUAAGAAACGUCAUCUCAUGUACCGCAUUUCAGUAUGUUCUUUAGAUAAAAAUGGAAGGGCUCUUUCUAAAGGGGAAACAGAUAUUAAAACUGUGUCACUGAAUGAAAAUGAGCAAAUUACAGUCCUUAGUUUUCCUGUAGCCCUUUCAUUUCCUGUGUUGUUGAGUGCCAAUUUUCUGCUUACAACUCCUCUACGGACCACAGACGAAAUCAUGCCUUCCAUAAGACCAGCCAGUGAGCUCUAUGCAUAGGUUAAUCAUCUUCGUGUGUAUGUGUGCGCUAUCAUUUUUAGUUGUUUUUAUAUUUAUGUUUGGCAGCUGUUCAUAAAUUCACACUGAUCUUUCAUCUCAAUCAUUCCAUAUUUUAAGCUUUGUUUCAAUUGCAUUUUCACUGCUUACUUUUUAUAUACUUUUUAAUAUUGCCGAAAAGAAGGCAUAUUAAUGAGGAACAAUUAUUUGUUUUCACUCCUAUUUCUUUCUGUGAUGUGUAACUUUAUUACCUAGCAUUUUUUUAUUGGCAAUUAGUAUCAUUUGUGAAACUGUAAUUUUGUAAUUGAAAAGAAUUGUCCUGAAUCUGUGAAUAUUUCUUAUUUAUUAUAUACUGUUCAUUAAGUUUCAUUUUUAUAUAGUCUAAUACAUAUUAAAGUAUAAAUAAGAUGAAUCGUCCUGUGAGAGAGUGUUUUGUCAUAUGUUUAAUAUGAAAAAUAUUUGAUGUUACUAAAAAGAGUAUACUUGAUGAAACUUCAUAUUGUUUAAAAUAUAUUGUAUCAAUAGUUAUAGUUUAAAAAAUAUCUAUUUAAUCAUGAGAUUGCAAUGUUAAAUAAUUUUUUCUAAAAAACUGUAAAAGCCAUUCUUUUUUUUUUAU